AGCUGCGCGACGGCGAGGAAGGCCACUUCGCGAGGCUCGCGGCGGACACGCGGCUGCAAGGGGAAUACCGCCAACGUUCGCUCUGCCCUCCAGCUUCCAACAUGCGGAUCAUGAGGAAUAUGACCUCCACAUGCAAUCUUCACUGAAAAGAUGCGUGACAUGAUAGUGAAGAACCCUACAUGUCGCUGCUCUCCUCUCCUCGACAAGGUCAUGAUGACGCAGCCUGGCCCUGCAAACAACAACAUGGGCGCUCCGAUGAUGCCGUAUUAUCCCGAGGGGGCUGCCUCGCUUGGGAAUCCACACAACACCAAUGCAUCAAGAUGGAUACAGCAAGUCCUCGCCAGGCAUAGGAUUUGCUCCUUCGAGAUGCGACAGGCUCUCGAAUCACUCGGAGGAUUCUCGACCGACGAUCUCCGAAUGCUUACCAGAGCAGAUCUUGCUACUCGAACCAACAAACGAGUCGCUGAGGUCAUAUUUGAGGCUUUAGACAGCUACGAUUUGAGCCUGAGUGAAAGCAGCCUUGACUCACUCUCAAGUGGACCCCAUUCUACGCACUUUGAGUACGCCUGUGAGUCUGUAGGUUUGGAUGACUUCCUUGACAAGACCGCACAGCAGGUUUUCACCGAGGUUACGAAUGCGCCUCAGUCGACGUCAUGGGAUUCCGGAAACAUGACUUCUGCAUCAAUCACAAACAGCACGGCUGCAACAGGCCGUCUCCUACCGCUAGAAGCGGCGGCGCCCGCAGAGGCCCGCGGUACCCUGAGGACCCGGACCAUCUCGGAGGACUCAACAUGUUCUUCAGAAGCACCACCACGACGGCGCGGCGGUCGUCAGAAGCGCUCCACCAAUCCCAACUCAGGGCGCCGCCCCAACGGCCGCGCACGGCAGGCGGCUCCAGCAGGACGCUUGUGGCAGUUUCUGUUGCGUCUACUGAAUGAUGCGCAGUACAGCCCAGCGGUCAUCCGCUGGGAGGACAAGGAAAACGGGGUUUUCUGUUUCGUGCACGGGCAUCGGGUGGCUGAGAUGUGGGGCCAGCACAAGGGCAAUCAGGCCAUGAAUUAUGAGAAGAUGACCCGCACCAUGAGGACCUACAAGAACGAGGCAUUCGAACCUCAUCCUAAGCGACUUGUGUACAAGUUCGGAAGAAUAGCCAUGGCGCCUGGUGCCUGAGUGCACUCACUUCGUUGAACUGAAGUUUAUCGAUGGAAGGCCGUGUGCCUUGCAGAACGUUGGACGAAUGAAUCUGAACUUAGGUUUUGGCAUCACGUACUCGGCUGAGACCCGAUGUUAUCUCGUGCCGUAGGGCCAAGACUGAAACAUUAAAGGCCUCUUAGAGAAUAAUCCUAUCUACUAGUGCGGAUUCAAGACAAACUUCUACCCGGUGAACCCGUUUUCAUACUAACGUCCAUGUUUUAUCCUUGGCUUUCGUUUUCCCGAUACAGUAGCCACGUAAGUCAAUUUAUGGAUUCGGCAGAAAGCUUGCUACUAAGGUUACGUUUCCGAAGAUGUACGUUUCGAUGGAAACCACCCACGCAUGAUUUUAAGCGAACAAGAACGUAGUGUAGGCCCUAGAUUAGGUCAUCACAAACGGACAGACAUAAGGGGGCUCAUACAUAUUAAAAGCACUUUGUAAUUUGGUGUUAAGGGUUAAGGUUUUAUUAUUUCUGUAUUAAAACCCUUUUAGAUAAUUGAGUAAGCUUCAUUUUGACAUAAAGUGAAGUGAUUUUGGACACUUUUUUGGAAAUUUAGUAGAAACGUUUAAAAUUUUGGUUCUCGUAGGGCUUUGUUCGCAUACUUGCUCAGAUCUGUGGG